AUGGAAAGAUUGUAUAAUAAUGGCAGUGAGUAUUUUGCCUCUACUGUCAUUUUAAUAUCAUUGGAUGGUUUUAGACCUGAUUAUAUGGAAAGAAAUAUUACUCCUCAUAUGAAUCAACUGGCCAGUGAUGGUAUUAUGGCGAAGUACAUGCAUCCAGUAUUCCCACCCAGUACAUUUCCAAAUCAUUGGACUCUUGUCACUGGAUUGUAUCCCGAAAGCCAUGGCAUAGUAGCGAAUCUGUUCUAUGAUCCUACCUUUGAUGCUUUUUUCAGUCAUACAGAUAGCAGUAUAACCUCUGAUCAGAAAUGGUGGAAAGGCCAAUCUAUAUGGACAACAUGUAAAUUCAAUAACAAACGCAGUGGAUCCAUCAUGUGGCCUGGUGCGGAAGCAAAUAUGUUUGCACCAGACCUAGUUAUAGGAUUUAAUGACACCAUGGGCAUUAAGGAAAAGAUAGAUAUCACACUGAAAUGGUUAGAUCUACCAUACGAUGAUCGCCCUCAAAUAAUCACUGUUUAUGUGCCACAAAUAGACCAGGAGGGACAUCGAAAUGGUCCUAAUGGAUCAAAGCUGAAUGACUACAUUAAAGAAGCUGACGAUGUCAUUGGUUAUCUUGGAGAAGAAUUGAAAAAGAGAAAUCUGGAAAACCAUGUACAUACCGUUAUUGUCAGCGACCAUGGCAUGGCAGAAACCAACGAUUCGAAAUUGAUUUAUUACGACGACAUCCUUUCUGAAGAUCUUUUAAAGCAUGUCGGCAAUCGAGAAGCGCUUCCACUGCUUGACUUACGGCCAGCACCCGAUGCCUCCUCAGAUACCAUACAGAAGAUCUAUGAUCAGCUGUUCAACUAUACUCAAUCAGUAUUUAAACCUCACUUUGAAGUCUAUUUAAAAAAAGAUAUGCCCGACAGAUAUCAUUAUAAAAAUUCAGAUCGCAUCACACCUAUCGUAGCAAUACCAGAAGUAGGUUAUACAUUUGUUACCCAUAGCGAAAUUGCAAAAAAAGGCGGAAAAUUCAGGAAAGGAGGCAACCAUGGAUAUGAUAAUUUGGCGGAUGAAAUGAGAGGGAUUUUCUUGGCCAAAGGACCAAAAUUAGACAACAAGUACAGAGCAGGCACUAUCUUGGCUCCCUUUUUCAAUAUCGAAGUAUAUCGCUUUUUGACUGAGUUGUUAAAUGUUGAUGCUGCACCAAACAAUGGCACAUUAGACGCAGAUUUCCCUAUUGUCUAUCAAUCGCCUCUAUGA